AUGGAAGAAGACCCGCCAGUUCUGUACAAAGCACCACCGCUUGACACAGCAUGGCUCCGUCACGAAAAGGAGGCCGACCUCCUGGCACCAAAACCAGCCAUGGAGCCUUCCGUCAGACAGCAGAUCUACGCAGCGCAGUGCCGUGAGCGCAACAACGCCAUGACAGCUCCCGGAGCAAGAGAUCAUCACCUCGCACAGGGGAUCGGGACCAGGACCACUUACGUGCCCUCGACGCUGGACGGUUUCGCUAUCCCCCUGUUGCAGUACGCUCGGAGCAGCGAAGAUGAGUCGGCGUGUCUAUGGGUUGUCAUCUACUACCACGGCGGUGGUCUCGUGGUCGGCGAGGCCGACAGUGAGGACCUGUCCUGCCGGCGCAUCAUCAAGGAAUCGGAGGCCUUCCUCCCUGGGCUACAGCUCUAUUCAGUCGGCUACCGGCUUCUGCCCCAGCAUCCAGCAACCACCAUCGUGCAGGACUGCGUCGACGCGUUCAACUUUGUCGUAGGGAGGUACCCACGUGCCAGGAUCCUCGUCGUGGGAUCGUCGAGCGGAGGCCAGCUUGCCGCGCUGGUGACUCAGCACGUAUCCAAGACGAGUUUCCAAGGUGUCGUCCUGCGCUGCCCGGUAACCAGCGACGCAUUCAGCGGGAAGGAGUACGUGCCUGAAGGUAUCCGGCACUUGCACACCAGCGCUUGGGAAAGGAGCUUCGACACCAGCCUCCUAGGGGUUAUGAAGAGGGAGGUGCCCCGGGACGGCUUAGAUAGGAUGCCGCUUGAAGUUGACGAAGAAGGAUUGAAGGGAAUGCCGCGCACAUGGAUCCAGAUGUGUACAAAUGACGUUUUGUACUCGGACGGCGCGUGCUAUGCAACGGUCUUGAGGAACGCCGGGGUCGAAGUCAGGACCAAUGUUGUUCGGGGUUGGCCGCAUACCUUUUGGCUAAAGGCACCGCACCUGCAGAGGGCGUUUGAGGCGGACCAAGCGAUGCUUGAAGGGCUGGCUUGGAUAGCCCAGACCCGGAGUUGGAACGGCUGGUGGUGA